GUGCUUGUAGGUUGCUCUGAAUUACCUGCUGGAUAAGUUGGGUGGGGACUACUCGAAAACGGUAGGUGUGAUUGAUCUUGGAGGUGGGUCCGUGCAAAUGGCAUAUGCCAUUUCUCCUGCCACCGCUGUUGCCGCUCCAGGAGUGCCUCACGGCAAGGAUCCUUAUGUUACAAAAGAGUAUCUCAAGAGAAGAGAUUACAACGUUUAUGUUCACAGCUACUUACGCUACGGCGCCUUAGCUUCUCGCGUAGAGAUCUUCAAGGCUAAGGAAGGACCAUUUAGCUACUGCAUGCUUCGUGGCUUCAGUGGCAAAUACACCUACAACGGUGAGGAGUACAAUGCUACCGCGUCAACGGGAGGUGCACAAUACGGGAAGUGCAGAGGUGAUGUAAUGAAGGCACUCAAACUUGAUGCUCCUUGCCAAGCCAAGAAGUGCACCUUCGACGGCGUGUGGAACGGCGGGGGCGGCCCCGGCCAGGCCAACCUCUAUGUCGCAUCUAGCUUCUACUACAUGGCCUCGCAGGUUGGCCUCAUCGACAGUGAUGCACCAAGCGGGACGUCCACCCCAAUGGCUUUCAGAGCCGUUGCCUAGAAGAUAUGUAGAAUGAGCUUGAAAGAAGUGAAGGCUAAGUACCCCAAGGUCCGCGACAUACCCUACGUUUGCAUGGACCUCGUCUAUCAAUACUCCUUCCUCGUCGAUGGG